CUUUUAACUAUUUUAUGGUAAAAUUUAAAAAAUAAUUAUUAUGGACAUAUUUUCUCAGGCAUUAUUUGUAUUAUUUAUUUAUUUUUUUCCUUGUAAAUUGGUUUACCACCUAUGGGGAUGAAAUAGAACAGAAUCAACGGGUAAGAGGCGAAGCUGUUCCUCGUUACUGCAAAAGCCCUAUUUUCGCAAGUUCCAGAUCACGACGAUUCUUCUCUAUAUUUCUUCAAUUUAUCGUUGUUCAUCAAACGAUGCUUGGUGGAUUAUACGGAGACUUACCUCCUCCAUCAUCCACAGAUGAAGAUUCUCAUAACAGAAUCACCAAUUCUUCCUCCAAUGUCUGGUCUAGCAGUGUCAAAAUGGCACCACCAACUCUACGCAAACCAUCUUCUUCUUCACUCAUCCCGCCCCCUAAAGCCCUUUUGAAACCCCAACAAACCAAACCCAGAAUCGUCAAUUCCACCGCAGUUGCCCCUCCGAUUCCAGAUGUGAUCACAAGAAGCUCAUCGUCGUUCCAACCGGCUCUUGUGGGCGUCACGUCGUCAGUGGUAGAGGAAUACGAUCCCGCUAGACCAAAUGAUUACGAGGAGUACAAGAGAGAAAGGAAAAGGAAAGCCGCCGAGGCUGAGAUGAAGAGAGAACUCGACCGGCGGCGGCAAGAAGAAGAGGAAAGGGAAAAACGAGAUAGGGAGAAUAUGGAGAAAGAUAGAGAGAAGGAUUAUAAUAUCUCCGGCGAGGAAGCGUGGAAGCGCCGUGCUGCCAUGAGUGGCGGCGGCGGUGGUAGUGGUGUCCCUAGGAGGUCGCCUUCCCCACCUACUGGUGGUGCUGAUGGAUUUAGUAUCGAAAAGUCUGAGACAGGUGGUUUGGGCGUUGGUGCUGGUGGACAGAUGACUGCUGCACAAAGAAUGAUGGCUAAAAUGGGAUGGAAAGCAGGUCAAGGAUUGGGUAAACAGGAGCAGGGGAUUACGACUCCAUUAAUGGCGAAGAAGACAGAUAGGCGAGCUGGUGUUAUCGUCAAUGCUAGUGAACCUAAACAACAGCCAGAAAAGAAGGCAAAAGGUGUUAACAUCAAUGGUGUUCCUACCCGUGUUGUGCUUCUCAGGAACAUGGUGGGCCCCGGCGAGGUAGACGACGAUCUAGAGACCGAAGUAGCAGAGGAAUGUGCAAAAUACGGGACGGUGACACGAGUUUUGAUAUUUGAAAUUACGGAGCCGAAUUUUCCGGUGGAUGAAGCGGUUAGAAUAUUCGUGCAGUUUGAGAGAUCGGAACAAGCAACAAAAGCACUUGUGGAUCUUGAAGGUCGCUUUUUCGGGGGUAGAGUUGUCCGUGCAACUUUUUAUGAGGAAGAAAGACCACCGACCACCACCAUCGCCGGAAAACUGUCCGCCACCGUGAUCGGAGCACCACUCACCACCAUUAGUAUUGUUUACACAACCAUGACAUCUCUCUCCUCCUUGUUUUCCCAUCAGAUAUCCCUUAUUCUCCACUCACAAUCUUGUAAUCUUCUCCACCAUUCAACCAUCCUCUUCAUCGUGACCCACUUUCCGCCAAGCACAACUCUUGUCUCAUCGACGACCUUCAACAACCAAGAGCAUAAGUCAGGGUUUCGAAUCGCCACCUAG